AUGGAGGUGCAAUGCUCAGCAGAGUGUGCUGACCACGCGUCCCGGUGGCGCCGGAGCGUCGAGCCUGUCCGCGGCUUGGUGCGGGAGCAGGAGCGGGAGGCCCCACCCCGGGGCGGUCACCGGCGCCGCUCUAGGACCCGGGUGUCCGGGAUCGGAGCAGGAAGCGGGAGCCGGCGGCAGCGGAGGGGCUGGGGAGCGGGGAGCGGGGCCCUGGGGAGUGAACGACGUGGGGCCGGGGUGCCUGGCAGCCCCGGCCCCGCCAUGCAGCCACUGGGGCAGCUCCUGCUGGCGCUGGUGCUGGUGGCGGCUGGCCGUGGGGCCCCCCACGACAGCCUGGCCUGCUCCCAGGGCCUCACCUGUCGCCUCCUGGACACCGACGUGCUGUGCGGGAUGGAGCCCCCCGGAGCCGCCCCCGGCCUGGCUCUGUCUCGGCUGCAGCUGCAGCCGGCGCUGCGCUGCAGCGGGCCCGCGGCCUGCUCGCCCUGCCUGGAGGCACGCCUGCGCCUGGCACUGCCGGCUGGCAGCGCCACCGCUGAGCCCUACCUCCCGGUGCCAUCUGCCAUCCCUAGAGCGGAGCACGGUGGUGAAGCAGGACAGUGGUCAGCGGUGGGUAGGAUCCCCUCGUAUCAGCCCAACGUCACUGGGCUGCUGCUGCUCUCCGGGCACACGUACACCUCUUCCCGCUGCGUGGUCAUGGAGGUGCAGGCGACCCUGACUGCUGCGCUGCCUGGACGAUCCCUGGGCUGGGUGACCUUCCGGUGCUUUGAAGCGCCUCUGGGCUCUGAGCUCCAUGUGAUAGCAUACACCAGCUCACACAGGAGGCUGAGCCAGCGGCAGCGGGUGCCAGACUGCUCAUGGCCCAUUGCACAGAAUGCCGUCCCGCAGUGCCAAGCCCCAAGGCUGCAGGUCUCCUCAGGGCCAAAGGAAGUGGUUGUGACGGUGCAGGGGACCGCAGCAGGACACAGCUACACCCUCCGGCUCUACCACAACCAGAGCCAUGGCACCAGUGGGACAGGUCACACGGUCACCGCAAAUAGCCCCAUGAACUACAGUGUACCGGCCAGCGAGGUGCUGCCCUGCCUCUGCCUGCAGGUCUGGCCAGAGACCCAGGACCCACUGCGGACCACACUGUGCCCAUUUGCUCAUGAUGCUGAGGCCUGGGAGCAUCUAUGGGCACACAGCCAGCUGGUCCUGCACACCACUGGGCAGGCACUGAGCUGUUCCCUCUUGUCCCCCUGCGAUCUCUCAGCUGAGCUGGUGCCCUGCUGGCAGCCAGUGCCUGCUGGACCCUGCCAAGCCCUGCCUGGCCUGGAGCAGCCUGCUGUCAGGCAGGGACCUCAGGAGUUUGGAGGGCUGCAGCCGCACCCGAACCUCUGCAUACAGGUGUGGAGUGGCGGGCAGGUCCAGCUGACCCAGUGCCUGCGGGACCGUGAGUACCCAGGAGCGCUGCCCGGCCACCCCGAUGACCUGCUGCUGCUGGAGCAUGGUGGAAACACCAGUGCUUCACUGUGUGCCCUGGAAUGGGGUGCCUGUACACCCCUUUCUAGCUUCACCAGCAGGGGAGCGGGGCAUCCUGGGCUGCUGGAGCAGGAGCUGCAGCGGGACGUGGCAGAGGGGCAGUGCAGGCAGAUCUGGCACUCUGAGAACAGCACCAGCAUCGUGCUCUGGGCCUGUCCCCUGCACAAGUACCUGCGCACUCACUGGGCACUGGUGUGGAUGGGAGUGUUACUGGGGGUCGCCGGCUUUCUGCUUCUGCUGCUGUUGAAGAAAGAGAAUGUGAAAGGCUGGCUGAAGUCCCUGAGGGCUGGCUACAGCUCUGAGGGCCCGCUGCGAGGCCGGCGGGUGCUGCUGCUGCAUGCUGCGGAGCCGGUGGCAGAGCAGGUGGUGUGUGCCUUGAUGGCAGCUCUGCACCCGCUGGGGCUGGUGGUGGCAGCAGCACCAGGAGGUGGCAGCGGAGUGGCAACACUGGGGCCACUGCCCUGGCUGCAUGUCCAGCACCGCCGAGCACUGCGUGAUGAUGAUACCAUUGUCUUCAUCCUCUCCCCGGCAGCUGUGGCUGCUGCACACCGCUGGGAUGCUGAGGCCAGGGCCAUGUCAGGGGCUGAGGAUGCUGAAGGUGUCCCCAGCCCCUGGCAUGGCCCUGGCCCCAGGGAUGUUCUCACUGUAGCACCCUGUGAGGCGUUUGCAGCAGCUCUAUCCUGCGCCAUGCCAGCACUGGCAUCCGGCAGUGGGCGCUAUGUGGUGGUCCGGCUGGAGGCCUUGGUGCCGGUGGUGCCACAGUCACUGCAGGCAGCCCCAGCCUUUGCUCUGCCCAGUGAGACAGGGAGAUUCCUGUGGGCACUGGCAGGGCCAGGUCAACGGCAGAGCCGGCAGCUGGAGCCCUAUGUGGCAGCGGUGGCCAAGGGGCUGCAGCAGGCCCUGGGGGAAUAAAGCACUGAUGGUGGCUUUGCCAAGCCUGAGUUCAGUCCCAGUGAUGUGGAGGGAGAAUGGGGACUGGAUGGCCUGGGGAGA